UUUAUGUUCUAGUGGGGUCAUUCUUACCUAUCGUCGCUCUUUCGAUAGGGACAGACAUAUAUUUAUAUAGUCGACCCAAUGUGUUCUCGGUCAAAGAAAUGAUGACUCCGACCACCAAGUACUGUACCUUUUCCUUCAACAUUGGGCCUAUGCCUGCGAUCUAUACUUCCAUCCCCAUUGUGUGCUAUGAUAUCUUCCUAGUCGUUCUUGCGGGUGUCAUCCUCGUUAGACACAUUAAAGAACGGAGGGGAAUAAGACCUAAUACCUACAUGGUAUUGAUUGUCCGAUAUCAUGUCAUAUACUUCGUCCUAAAUUUGACGAACCAAAUCUUAUUGGUGAUAUUAUGGGCUCAUAUUCCGACGGAGGUGAUGAGUCUCACAGAGCUCUUCAACGAUACUGCGCCAUUUAUUCUUGCGCCCCGUCUCAUCAUCAGUAUUUGGGAUACGCAUGCCCACGACAACUGUGUACAUGUCAGCACGACAUUCGCGGAUUGUGCAUGUUGGACUCCGCCACCGAACGUCGAGCAGAACGAGAUGGACUCUGCCGUCGCAUGAAUUUGGCAUGUUGGGGUCUGUCUUGGUUAGUAGUCACGGUAAACCGUAACGCUGGAUAUGGCACGCGUGCCAAGGAAAAAGGUUGAGAAGGAAAAAAUGGAAAACUUACAUCACAGUACCAGGCUCUACGACUGUACAGCUAUACAACAUCAUCAUAUGUGACAUCUGAUAAACAUAAUUAUACUCAUUGAAACUGCAGAAAGGGCAGACACUGGAAGAAUCUUGCUGGAUGACAAGCUUGUGUGUUGGUACCGUGGGAGUGGACUUCAAGUUC